AUGACUAUGAAGACAGUUAUUUGUAUCGGUAUGGCCGGUUCUGGUAAGACCACAUUUAUGCAGAGGUUAAAUUCACAUUUGCGUUCUAAGGAAGAGGUGCCAUAUGUUAUUAAUCUUGAUCCUGCCGUUUUGAAUGUUCCUUAUGGUGCUAAUAUUGAUAUUCGUGAUUCUAUUAAGUAUAAGAAAGUUAUGGAAAAUUAUCAACUAGGUCCAAAUGGUGCUAUUGUUACAAGUUUGAAUUUAUUCAGUACUAAGAUUGAUCAAGUGAUUAAAUUAGUGGAAAAUAAGCGUGAGAAGUAUGAGCAUGUCAUCAUUGAUACUCCUGGUCAAAUUGAAUGUUUUGUUUGGAGUGCAUCAGGUUCCAUUAUCACUGAAUCAUUUGCAUCAACUUUCCCAACAGUAAUUGCUUAUAUCGUUGAUACCCCAAGAAACACCUCACCAACUACUUUUAUGAGUAAUAUGUUAUAUGCAUGUUCUAUUUUAUAUAAGACAAAAUUACCAAUGAUUGUUGUGUUUAAUAAAACUGAUGUCACUAAAGCUGAUUUCGCAAAAGAAUGGAUGACAGACUUUGAAGCGUUCCAAACGGCAGUCAGAGAUGAUCAAGAUAUCAAUGGUGAGAAUAAUAUGGGUUCUGGUUAUAUGGGAUCUUUGGUCAACUCUAUGUCUUUGAUGCUAGAAGAAUUUUACUCUCAGCUAGAUAUGGUUGGUGUUUCUAGUUUCACAGGUGAAGGUUUCGAUGACUUCUUGGAUGCUGUUGACAAAAAAGUCGAUGAAUAUGAUCAAUAUUAUAAGGCUGAAAGAGAAAGGAUAAUAAAAGACAAAGAAGAGAAAGAAAAACAGAGAAAAGAGAAAUCCAUAAAUGGAUUAAUGAAAGAUUUAGGUAUCAAUGACAAAAAGAAGGCUAAUGAAGAUGAUAGUGCAGAUGUGAUAAGUGAUUUAGAAGAAGGUGAAUAUGACGGUUUAGUUGAAGCUGAUGAAGAUGAUUAUGAAGGUGUAGAAAGAGAAUAUACUUUUGCAGGUGACGCUAGACAAGGUGAAAUCAACAGCGAUAAUGCUCCAGAUUUACAACAAAGGUAUCAAGAAGCAUUUGAAAAGUUAGGUAAACCUGCUAGUAGUGACACUGCGGCUAACAUCGCUCGUCAUAUAAGGUAA